AUGGGCAACGACCUUCAAGUCCUCUCUCCAGGAGCCGGCUACGGCAUCGUAAUAGGCAUCGGCGGCGUAUUCGCCUUGUUCAUGCUCGGCCUAACAUGGUUACAAAAUCGCUACACGCAAUUUUCAACCCAUAAAGCUGAAGAAUUCAACACGGCCUCCCGAUCCGUGAAACCGGGUCUUAUCAGCGCCGGUAUCGUUUCCUCGUGGACUUGGUCGGCGACGCUCCUGACCAGUUCCACGUUCGGGUAUAGUUAUGGUAUUUGCGGGCCGAUGUGGUAUGGAGCCAUGGGGACGCUGCAGAUUCUUAUGUUUGGUCUUAUUGCUGUUAAGAUUAAGUCAAAGGCUCCAGGGGCGCAUACCAUGCCUGAGAUUGUGUUGGAAAGGCAUGGGAAAGUUGCGCAUCUUACAUAUUUGUAUUAUGGACUUGCAACAAAUAUGCUUGUUGGGGCAUGUUUGGUGUUGGGUGGUGCGCAGGUUGUUGGUGCGUUGACGGGGAUGAAUGUGUAUGCGGCUGUGUUCUUGAUUCCGCUUGUUGUUGCGGCCUAUGUUAUUGCUGGUGGGUUAAGGUCGACUUUCAUUGCGGAUUAUACCCAUACUGUGAUUUUGUUCGUUGCAAUUUUGGUGUUUGGGUUUACCAUGGUCUCCACGAGUGAUGUCGUCGGGAGUCCGGGGAAGCUCUAUGACCUGCUGCAGGAAGCGUCGGAGAAGAUGCCCAUUGAGAGGAACACAGAUGGGUCUUAUCUGACUUUCCGAUCCGUGGGGGGUUUGAUUUUUGCCUUUGACCUCUUUGUUUCCUCUUUCACGACUGUAUGGCUGGAUCAGGCAUAUUGGCAGCGCGCUAUUGCUUCCAAGCCUGAAACCUCUGUGAAGGCGUAUGUGCUGGGUGGGCUCGCCUGGUAUGGAAUUCCAUUUGGCUUUGCGACCGUCAUGGGCUUGGGGUGUGCAGCCCUGACCAGCAACCCGAAUUUCCCUACUUUUCCUAACCCACUGUCCGCCGAGCAGACCAACGCGGGUCUCUCCGCUCCAGCAACUGCAAUCACACUUCUCGGGAACGGCGGUGCCGUAUUGAUGCUGAUCCUGCUCUUCAUGGCGGUAACCAGCUCCACGUCUGCCGAGUUGAUCGCCGUCUCAUCGCUUCUGACAUUCGACGUGUACAAGACAUAUUUCCGGCCCAACACCAGCUCCGAGACACUAGUCAAGGUCAGUCACUGGGCGAUUGCACUGUAUGCGGUUGUGCUGGCGGCCUUCUGCUGCAUUCUCAAUGCUGCCGGCAUUAGCUUGACUUGGAUUCUGACCGUGCUUGGCGUGAUUGUUGGUGGCGCAUCACUGCCAGUGGGCCUGAUUCUCCUAUGGAAGCCCAUGUCCACGGCUGCGGCAGUUGGUGCACCCUGGAUCGGCUUCUUAUGUGGCCUUGUUGUCUGGUUCGUGACGACCUGGAAGCGCUCCGGGGCUAUCGACGUGGCUACAACCGGCGACACAACCAAUGCCUUGGCGGGAAACUUGGCGUCUUUUGGUAUGGGCUUCAUCAUGGCUGUUGUUUUGACAUUCGUGUUCCCAAAGAAGCACGCGCUAGAAUUGAAUGCCAUUCCUGGCGUCUCUGAGCAGACCAAGCAUGGGGAAGCAAGGACCAAUGCGAGUGAAGCCAAGGAGCCCGUAAGCACGUCAGACACACCGGAUGAGCUCGUCACUCCAGCCUCGGCAGGAAACGAACUAGUCGACUAUCUCGAAUCCAACAACACCGAGCCCAUGGAUCCGGUCCAAGCCAAGAAGGCUGAGCUUAUCGCAUGGACGGCCACGGGGAUCUUCUUCUUUGGAGCCGUGAUUCUGGUUCCCUUCACUCUGUUCGGGACCAGCUACGUUUAUAGUAAAUCGUUCUUCACCGGCUGGGUCGUGGUCUCGUUUAUUUGGGUUUGGAUUAGUGUGAUGAUCUGCGUUGUGUACCCCGUGAUUGAAAGUAUGGGAGCCCUGCGCAGCAUCGCGGGCGGGAUGUGGGCGGACGUCAAGGCGGUGGCAGGGCAUCGGAAGCCACGCGUGGAGGAUCUGGAUCUGGUGGCCGCGUGA